CAGAUCCCAUCAACAGGAUGCUCUCUAUCCUUUUGUUCGCUGCGGCGUGGGUUGCCUGCCUGGCACAAUCCAAUGAGUUCUCCUCGUACUCUUCGGCCAUCGGAUUAGGGGCUGGAACUCCCUUCUCUGCCAAAGGAGAAGGAAGUAUCACAGGCGUGAAAGUCUGGGAGCACCCUAAUAGUCACAUAACUGGUAUCCAGUUGCGUCAUGGCGCCAACUGGGGCAGUGUUCUUGGUAUUGUCACCACCAGUGAACUGAGCAUGGAGCUAUUUGAAGGAGAGGCCAUUGUUCAGGUGUCUGGAAAAUUCAACCCCGUGGACUACAUCUAUCAGUUAACUUUCAGGACCAACAGAGGGCGUUCUCUCAUCGCAGGCCAGCCAUUCCAGGUGUCCUUUAACUUUUACCCCAAGUUUGCUAGGGCGGAGCUCCGGAUGUUGAGUGGGCGGUCCAACGACAAAGGGAUCACAUCCCUUGGAGCCCAUUGGGGGAUAGUCAAUCCACAGGGCAACACAGGGGCAGACCAACCAUGAAAUGAAUUGAACUACACGUUUAAAAGUAGAUUCAACUUUUGAGUUUCUAUGAUAUCCUACUUAUCAAUAAAGCAUGAUAAGCAUGUUCCGA